GAGGCGGGAGCGCUGCUGGAGGGCUGGCUCUCCGAGUACCCAGGCCUCCUCCGCAAGGAGCGCAUCGGGGAGAGCUUUGAGCACCGCCCGAUCGACGCCUACGUCCUCGCCGCGCGGCCGCGGGCCGCCGCCGGCCCCGAGGGGUCGGCGGGCGGCGGCGCCGCGAGGGCUCAGCUGCUCAUCACCGCCCUCAUGCACUCUCGGGAGCCGGCCACGCUGACGUGCGUGCUCUACGCGAUGGGGCACCUCAUGGAGCUGUACCAGGGGGGCGACCCGGAAGCGGUGUACUUGCUGGAGGGCCGGGAGUUGUGGUCGGUGCCCUUCGUGAACCCCGACGGCUACGCCGCCAACGAGAAGCUCGGGAUCCACGGUAUGAUUCGGAAGAAUCGGCGGCCUACAUGCCAGCGCUCGCAGAGCAGCGGGGUGGACAUCAACAGGAAUUUCGGCGUCGCGUGGAAGAAGGACGCGUUCCCGAAGUGCGACGAGGAGUACGGGGGCACCGCCCCUUUCUCGGAGCCAGAGACGCAGGCGUACAAGAAGGUGUGCGAGGAUAACAGCUUCAAGGCCGUCAUGAACUUCCACUCCUUUGGCAGUAUGCUGACACACCCUUGGAACUACGCGCCGACCAAGGCCAAAGCGAAGCUCCCCGACCCGGACCACGACGCAAUCUACAGAGAGCUGCAGGACGUGUUCAAGUUCGACCUCUUCGGCGCGGCGAUCAACACCGUCGGCUACACUGCCAUAGGGGAAUCCGACGACUGGAUAUACAGCGCGAGGGGCGCCAUCGCGAUGUCGCCGGAGGUCGGCCCCGAGAGCGGCGGCUUCUAUCCCGACAGGAAGCUCAUCCGCGGCAUCGACAGCCUCAACUUCCAUCGCGCCGUGCACCUGCUUAUCAAGGUCGGGCUGGAGCUGACGGCGGAGUGGGACGCCGGCGACGCCGCAGGGACGCUGCGCCUCCGCCUCAACAACUCGGGGCUGAGCCCCAGCGCGGGCGCGGCGCUGCGGGUGGCGGUGGCGGGCCCCGCCGCGGGAGCUCCCGCGCCCGGGGCGGCGGGCGGCUCAGCGGGUGUGCGCCCGGCCGCGGGCGGGGCGGCGCUGCCAGCAUGGCGGGAGGGCACCGCGGUGGUUUUCGAGGCGCCUCCGCUGCCCCGCCGCUCGUCCGCGGCGUACCUGGUCAGCAUCGGCCAGGGCGGCGUGGAGGUGGCCGGCCUGCGGCUGUGCGCGGUGGAGGCGGGCGCGAGCCGCGCGUGCCACUGCCACGGGCCCGCCGG